AUGAGAAAACCGCUGCGAGUUUCGAAAUUUGUAGGAUCAAUGCACGAGUGCGAAUUGAAUGAAACAGAAGUGAUUGUUCGCCCAUGCAGUCCAGAAUCAUCAGAAGGAAGCCCGAAUAAAGAAAAUUGCCCUCAAAGACAUCUCAGAAAAACUCCAAGAUCCGUCAAUGGGGGAAAUACAGUCAUCCAGUCCGCCCCUGCCGCGAACGGACUUCCACUUCCAAAUGCCUCGUCGAGAAGCUCAAUGCUCUUGGAAUGCGGAAGAUGUGAGGCCAUGUUUAGGUCUCAAGAUGCAUACGAUACUCAUAGGAAGAUCUGUUUUGGGGGAAAGGACCAACUUUGCUUUUGCAAAAUCUGCGGUGUCCGAAAAGACUCUGAAUGGACCAUGGACAAGCAUCUCUUUCAACACUACUGCAUGGAUUCAAAAGGCUGCAUGGACUGCGGCUGGCGAUCCGACCUCCACAUCAACCCAAAACCCUCUCCGAAGAAGACAAGCGCAAACUCAUCCUCCGCCUUGCACAUGUCUCGUCCCGAAGCCCACGAUGCUCAAAUUCCAGAGAGAAAGGGCUAUCGAAUUACUUCAAAUGCUCUUCGAUGCAUGGACUGCAACGCCCUUCAGGAUGACAUCAAGUCCCUUCAGGAGCACAUCAAACUCUGUCCCAAAAGCUCGAAGCCUGCCGUGUUCGUCUGCUACUGCCGUGCAGAGUUUGCCGAUCGAAAGUCCUUUGACCAGCACAUCAACAUGAUGCAGUGCAAAGAACUUCUUCUCCGCAAAUUCCAGGGACUCCCUUUCGUGCCCGGCUUCCCACCAAAUAUGCGUCCUCCAACCGUCGCCCCACCGAAACCGCCUCAGAGUCGAUCUCCAGUGAGCAAGGACUCGCCCCCAUCCAAGCGGCAGAAACUUGACGGCGAAUCGAUGUCACCGGAGCGCGAGCAGGCCGAGUUGUUCUGCGAAAAAUGCAACAUUACUUUCAAGAAACUCGAGGUUUUCAAAGUUCACAAGGAGAAUUACUGCGAGUCGCGACAUGCAAACGUAGAAGCGAUUCAAGAGGCCAGAGCGCAGAAACAGCGCGAGAGGGAAGAGCUAAAGUUGGUAAAUAAGCUGAAGGAACAAAGCAAAGUUCGCCUGCAGGAAGAAGAAGCCAACCGCGAAUACACCCAAAAAGCUUUCCCCUGCCACGAAUGCAAAAUCGGCUUCGAUUCCCGAAAGCAUUUCGCCGCCCACAAGCAAAACUACUGCCCCUCUCGACAGACUGAUUCUCCUGGAUCGGAAGGAUCAUCAUCUCAGCCAACCUCUUCUUCCGCGAAUCUCCUGCAAGCUUCGGGCUUGUUGAGCAUGUUUAGCCAAAACCCUCUGAUGUCAAACCUGAAUCUGCUGUCAAUGCUCUCCGCAAUGAACACCCAACAAGCGAACCUCGAAACUCUCAAGAAGGCGCUCAGCGGAAAAAUUAAUGGCUCGACAACAUCUCCCCUCGACUUGAGUUGUAAAGACUCCACGGACGCCGAGGAACAAAUCAAAAUCGAGGAGGUCGAGGAAGAGUCCAAUCCUGGAAUAGCUGUAUAA